AUGCAUUCAUCUCUGCUACGAAAACGUCUGAAUGAUAUAUGUGAUUCAUAUUCCCCACUUUCUGGAUCUACAACAUCAUCACCUUCGCCGACGACAUGGCUUGCAUCACCACAAAUUGAUUUACGUAUCAUGCGCGAUGAACAUCGUGAAAAAGUAUUUGAACUUGUGACAGAAACAUUUUUUCGUGAUGAACCAUUAAAUAAAUGUCUAGCAUUUGCUCUUCCUCAUGAACCCAUUGAUUUUGUUGAACUUGUUAUAUCAACAGCUUUAGAAGAUCAAUGUUCAUUUGUUGCUAUUGAUAUUCAAACGCAAAAUGCCAUUGGUGUUAUUUUAAAUAUCAUAAAAUAUCGCCCAUUAUCAGCAACGAUUGAUAAUCAAGAUAAAUUUGAUAUAAAAAAUUUCCAAUCUGAAAAAUUACGAUUUAUAUUAAGUGUUCUUCAACGUGUUCAUGACAAUGUUGAUUUAUUUCAAAAACUGAAUACAGAUCGUUUAUUACAUGUUGUUGUUAUUGCUGUUGAUGUACACUAUCGUGGUUUAAGAUUAACAGAAAAAUUGAUUCGUGCAAGCUUGGAACGAGCUAAAACUCAACUCAAUAUUAACGCAGCUUUCUCCGAAGCUACAAGUCUUUAUUCAGCUAAAGCAUUUCGUAAACAAGAUUUCCAAAAAUACAAUGAACUUAUUUAUAUUGAAUAUGAUAAUGUUCGUUUAGCUAGUCUAACUGGAGAACAUGAUCGGUGUCAAUUACUUGCCAAACAACUCUGA